AUGCCGUCAGUCAAGAACCCCAACGGUCCCUCCAAGAACCGCCUGGCCAACAAGGCCCUCGGCGCCAAGAUUGCCCGCCGUAAGAAGUCCGAGGCGAACAAGCACAAGAUUGCGAGGACGGACACCAUGCGCGGCGCGAGGCCCGGUCUGAUGGCCACCAGCGGUCCCAACGCGCCCAUGAGCAAGAAGAAGGCCAAGAAGAUGGAGAAGAAGAUUGCCCAUGCGAUGAGGAGGAAGAUGGAGGCUGAGGGAGAGGUUGUCAUGCAGGAUGUUGAGGAGACUGCCGAGAAGCCCGAGGAGGGAGAUAUGGAGACGGAGACCAUUGCAUAG